AUGGUGGACCAAGUGUGCUGGAGCGUAGCAAAGAGCGCUGGGGCCUUGGCAGGAUGCGGUGGGAACACGGGCCGCGGCGAAGUCCAGCAGGAAAACGAGCUGGUCGAGCUGCACCGGGCAGACCAUGAGGGCAUCGAGACCUUUGCACGCUUCCUGGAGGAGUCCUACGACAACGUGGAUGCCCUGUUCUAUGUGAAAAUGCGCUGUGCCGCACGCAAGAUGACGAUGCCCUGCAAGUACAACCAGGUGUCAAAGAUUUCUUUGCGAGCUGGAGCACGCCCGCAGCUGCCGCUGAACAAGGCCCUGGCGGCUGUGCGCGAGGGAAUCGACAAGGACGCCCCUGAGUCCCUCAAGGCCAGCAUCGUUGCCAGACUGAAGAAUCAGUCAGGUGAUGGCGCCGACCCAAUAGAUUGGCAUCGUUUCCUCUUCCUCUGCACGCAGGAGUAUCGAAAUGCUCGAUGCAUCGCGGCAGGAUCCUCGGCAACCUUCAUGACCGCAGCAGCAUCCCAAGCGCGCGUCCCUCCCUGUGCCCGAGAGCCAGCUGUGACCGGCGCCACGACCCUCUUGCAGCAGAGAGGCCGGCUCCAGCGCAUCAAGAUGACGCAGCCGCAGACGGAGCUCAAGGAGCAAGCGUUUCGACAGGUGGAUGCCGGCUCUGACCAAUCUGGAGUGGUUUCCCAGGCCGAGUACCAGCCGAUGGAACUUCAGGAGGCAGCCGUUGCGAGGAAGGUAGCGAAACUGGCUCAUCCUCGCAUGGCCUUUCAGGAAGAGGCUGGGACGCCGACGACUGCAUCCAGCCCAGAGAAGGCAACGGAUGCUGGCUCGACGACUCCGUUGUCAUUCGACGAGUUCCUUGGGUUCGCGCAGUCCCAAUCCGGCCAGGAAGAGAACUCUUCCAGCUUAGAGGCCAAGUAUCUGCCCAUGGAGCUUCAACCGGCAGCCUCGGCGAAGGCUGCGAUGCCUACGAUUGCGUCCUUCCCAGGGGAGGCGGCGAGCCUUGAUACGGAGCCGUGGAUGUACGCUCUCUUCCGGAAACAUCCUGGUGAGGGCAGCGCAACUCAUGCGAAGAAGGUCUGGCCUCCAAGGAGCGUGGUUAUGAGGAUGCAGCAAGAAAAGAUGGAGGAUGAGAAGCUGACGAAGGCCUCGCUGACGGACUUGGAGGCGUGCGAGCUGCACAAGAAUCGCGUUGCAGCGGAGUGGGGCAGAUUUGAGGUUGGUUGCCUGCGCUGGCUGGCAGCCUUCCCGCGCCCGGGCCCCACCGCAAGCGUGUACACUGCGUGCGGGGUCCCGAUCAUGCACGAGCUUCUGCAAGAGGAGCGACGGCAGUUUUUGGAACUCUAG